AAGUUUGAUUGGACGACAUGAUUUGUGGUUUAUUCAGCCCCGCCCCCAUCAGCGCGCUUGGCUUUCCUUCGUUAGCAGCGGUGUGUCACCGAAACAGGGCUGCUACCGGAUGGAAUCGGUGUCUGGUUGACUACACAACCACUUAAUCCAAACUGGCAUCGCAGUGGGGCUGAGGGGGUGCCCCGAGUUUUUAACCAUUUAGGUUGGAUCCUGUGCCUCUCUCUGACACUACCGCCCGUCCUACUGAUGUCGGAUUUCAAGCUUGGAAUCGUACGGCUCGGCCGUGUGGCCGGGAAGACAAAAUACACAUUGAUUGACGAGCAGGACAUACCACUUGUGGAAAACUAUGCGUUUGAGGCCCGCAUGGAGGUGGAUGCCGAUGGCAAUGGAGCUAAGAUCUUUGCCUAUGCUUUUGACAUUGGUAAAGGCCGCUGGGCAGGAAGACCAUUGCAUGAGCUGCUCUGGGAGAAGCACAGAGGAGGCAUUGCCCCCAGUUUUCAAGUCAUCCACAUCAACUCUGUGACAGUGGACAACCGACUAGACAACCUGCGACUGGUGCCGGUGGGCUGGAGCCCCAAGCCGGAGGAAAUUUCCAGCAAACAGAGAGAGCAGUCUCUGUAUUGGUUGGCCAUCCAGCAGGUGCCAGCUGACCCUGUGGAGGAGCAGUAUCUAGAGCUGAGCCGCACACGCUACUACAACGCUAACGGGGAGCUGGUGGAGGAAGAGGAGUGCUCCUGCACCUACUACGAGUGUCAUUAUCCUCCUUGUUCACUCAUUGAGAGGAGGCUGCGGGAGUUCAACAUCUGUGGUCGCUGCCAGGUGGCCCGCUACUGUGGCUCCCAGUGCCAGCAGAGGGACUGGCCCGCCCACAAGAAGCAGUGUCGUGAGCGCAAGCGAGUGCUGGCCCUAGAGUCGGAGCCUGAGCGGUGAUCUGCCCUCAUCCUUCCCUGGAAGAGGAUGAGGGAGAGUGGUGGGACAGGGUUUGACUUGUGGGAGGGGAGCGGGAAAGAAAUGCAAACUGGGACUAACUGCUGACAACAGACUAACAACAGAGGACAAUGUUGCUGUUUGACAAAUUUCAGUGGGGGAAAUGAGAAAGACAAAUAAAGCAAAAAGACAUCUGCCAUUUUCCAGAA